AUGGGCAAUCCACCAGCACAAGAAGAUACUUGGGCAUUUGGUCCGAUUGGAUCACCGUUUCCGGAUAACCCCGUCCAUGCAUUGGACCAACCUAAUCAGUACGUCGCGUUGUGGUACAAGCACGGAAAACCGAUUCAUGGCCGUGCAUGGAAUAACGGAGGGGUUUUGGAAUGCUCAUUCCCGUAUAAAAAUGCUGAACUAACUGGAGCUAAAGAUUUGGGAGGACAAAUCCAAAUAUUGCAAUACAAAGGCGAUCACAAUUUACUUGGUUUCUGGUAUGAAUGGAUCAAAUACAAAGAUCGUUUUGAGAAGACCGAGGAAAGACAGAAGUUGAAAUGUGGCGAUUCGUUGCCAAUUUUGUGGAAAAAUCGUAAAGCUGGUCCACUUAUGGGUUAUUUAGAUGCAACCGAAUUGGCACAUUUUUCGCAUGAUGGUAAGACGGAAAUCUUACAAGGAACAGUGCUUGAUGAUAUGUAUAUUAUUGUACGCAAUCUCAAAGGUGGGCCACCUGGUUGUGAAUGCAAGAAAUGCUAUGUACCACCUCCACCACCACCGAAACCAGAAGAACCACCACCGCCACCACCACCCGGACCACCGCCACCAAGAAUUAUGCGUGAUGAAUGGAUGGAUUUACGUAUGGGUGAUCCAUGGCCAACACGUAAAUUGGUACAAGCGCUUGGGAAAACGUUAGAUACGAUACCGAAAGAAGAUCCAGAUCAAUAUGUAGCAUUGUGGUACCAACAAGGUGAACCAAUUAUGGGUAGAAUUUGGAAAGAUAGCAAUGGAAAGGUUGCAGCAGCAUUUGGCUGGAACGGGCAUGAGUAUCGUGAUAAGGUUGGAUCGUUGCAAGUGUUAGUCGAGCUUGGACAUAAUGUGCGCGGCUAUGAUUACUCUUGGCAACCAUUUUCGGUAUGCGGUACAUUUGGGGAAAAAGAAUGGCUUCCGGUUUAUGUCGAUUAUAAGGGGAUCAUUUCACCGUGUGUCAUCACAUGGGAAGGGAAACAAAUCCUUGGAAAGGUCGAUAUUCGCAACGAAAAAGCAAGUGCGGCUUUUUCGGGCAAAGAAAAUAUCAUGAUUGGUCCGAAGGUACAAUCACAACUGGUGUUAUGUCGCAAAGCAAGACCAGGAUAUCAUUUUGAAUAA